GUGGGACCGCUGCUGGGGAGAGGCGGCUUCGCGUCCGUGUACUCGGGGCUCCGCCUGUGUGACAACAGCCCGGUGGCGAUCAAACGAGUGGCUCGGGAGCGCAUCUCCUCUUGGGAGGAGCGGCCCAGCGGCCCUCGCAUUCCCUUGGAGAUAGCCAUGUUGAGGAAGGUGCGCUCCGGCUGCAGUGCCAUCAUCCAGCUCCUCCAUUGGUUUGAGCUGCCCCACUCCUUUGUGCUGGUUCUGGAGCGUCCGGAGCCAUCGCAGGACCUCUCCGACUUCAUCAAAAAAUGGAGGUUCCUGCCCGAGAAUCUGGCGCGGGGCAUUUUCCUCCAGGUGCUGGUGGCUGUGCGGCACUGCCACAGCCGCGGUGUCCUGCACAGGGAUAUCAAGCCCAAGAACAUCAUCAUCAACUUGGCCACCAGAGAGGUCAAGCUUAUUGACUUUGGUUGCAGCACCCUCCUCAGGGACACGGUCUACACCAAAUUUAGCGGUGAGCCCACAGCCCAGGGUGCUUCCCGUACCGAGCAGUUUGUGAACAAGAGUCACGUGCUGAUGACGAGGUGGCGGGUCACACCGAGUACCCAAUCCAGCUCCAUCGGGGCUCAACAUGGCUCCAUCCGGACCCAUCCCGGCCCCAUCCGGAUCCGAUCUGGCUCCAUUCAGACCCAAUCCGGCUCCAUCCAGAUCCAAUCCGGUUCCAUCCGGACCCAUCCUGGCUCCAUCCAGCCCCAGUCCAGCUCCAUCCGGACCCACCCCAACUCCGCUGCUGCUGCCCCGACCCGGCACCCUGGAGCUGCUGCGGGCGCUGGGCCUGAGAGCCCGCCCCGCCACCAUUAA